AUGAUGAAAUGCGGGAUAAGCCCCAAUAUCCGCCAGCCUCCUACAGACAUCUCGACUGGAUAUAAUAUCAUUUUUGUUCCCGCAGCCGUAAACGUUGUCAGACUCAAAAGCGAUCCUACUACAUGCUUAAGGCAAUAUUGCUGCGCUGGUUUGAAUCCCAUCGGCUGA